AUGGACGAUAGAGCCAGAGAACGUACCCGAAGUAAAACAAGAGAAGCUAUCCGAUCUCAAGUAGCCAACAGAAUCGCACUAUACGAAUUACCGGGACAUCGUUUGACACUGUUGAACGAACUCUACCAACCGAUCAACCGCCCCGCCACCGAAAACACAGCCGAAUCGGGAAGUCAACAGCCCGACGACCCUCCCCCUCCCCAACACCCCGCUCCAGUACCUCCCAAAACCCCGGCAGGCAAGAUGUCGAACAUCGUGAAGGUCCCUAAGUUCGGUGGUGACAACUUUCGCAAGUGGUACAACGAUUUCGAGAACUGCAUGUUGUUGUUGGACUGCGACGAAAACAACGCGAAGCAGGCGAAGUUCUUCAAGGUGAAUCUGAUCGAGGGUUCGGCGGCGGCGAUUUGGUACGAGACGAUUCCGGCAGAAGCGAAAACGGACUGGAGCCUCCUUGUGCCGUUACUGAGGAACCGUUUCGACAACUCCAUCGAGGACAAGAGGUCAGCCUUCCGCACCUUGUCUACCACGAAACUGACCGACAAGGACAUCGGCUUGACUACGUCCAACGGGGAAUUCAAGCACGUCGAAUGGGCCCGCACCAUAGCAAUCGCAAAGGAACGCUCAGGCCAAGACCCCGACAACCUGAACGCCUUCUUAGUGAUGAACAACAUGGGUCCCCACAUCCAAUCACUCCUCAUCGCGACCGGCUCGAGCUCCUCGGUUAGCGAUAUCUGCGCAAAGGUCGAAUCGCUGACCCCGAACGAGAUUGAGACGAUUAGGGAGAUGGUCAAGAGGGAGACAGAGACGGCGGAGAUGAGGUCGGAGGUAGCACAACUGAAAAAGCAGCUCCAGAGACAACCACUCGGAGCGUCUCAACAACAGAGCCAGCAGCAAAACUCUUUCCAGCAAUCGACGUGGGCUCAGCAGAGCCUGCCAGACCGUGACAACAGCGUUCGUGUCGAACCGGGCCCAUUUCCGCCCACUGCCGAGGGUCAUAUCAGGUACAAACAAGCGAUCCAAAACUUCUACAGGAAAUACGGCGAAGGUGCGACGGCCAGCCUUUCUCGACCUUUUCCCCUCAGUCCGGGAACGGAACCCGCCGGCAGCAACGAGUGCUUUAACUGCGGGUUGAGCAGCCAUCUUCGUCCGCAGUGUACCGCCUCUUACCGUUUGCCCGACAAUGAGCAGAGGUACAGGGGAUCUGUUAUGAAGCAGAAGAGAGAGAUGAACGUCUUUUCAGGUUCGGCGCAACAGCAAGGGAAGCCGAUCCGGUUCAUCAGUCAUGCCAACAGUUAUGAAAGGGAGUUUAGACACCUAGCGUCGAUGCCGUUAUCACCUCCGAUGCAGCUGGGAGACCUUUACGAGUCGGACGCGGGAAACGACGAAGGCCCUCACCCGUAA